GCACUUCCUGAAGCUAAGGGUUAGAAUAAAGAGGGAGGGCCUCAGAGUCGCGCAGGCGCAGUUGUGUGCUGGGGCGCCAAGAUGUCGUUCCCAAAGUACACUCCGUCCCGCCUGGCCACUCUGCCCCCGACCCUCGACCCGGCCGAAUAUGACAUAUCUCCGGAAACCCGGCGGGCGCAAGCCGAGAGGUUGGCCAUAAGAGCCCGGCUUAAACGGGAGUACCUGCUUCAGUACAACGACCCCAACCGCCGAGGGCUCAUUGAAGAUCCUGCCUUGAUUCGUUGGACCUAUGCAAGAUCAACAAAUGUCUAUCCCAAUUUCAGACCCACUCCCAAGAACUCACUCUUAGGAGCUGUGUUUGGAAUUGGGCCCCUCGUCUUCUGGUAUUAUGUUUUCAAAACUGACAGGGACAGGAAAGAAAAACUUAUCCAGGAAGGAAAAUUGGACCGAACAUUUAAUAUUUCAUAUUGAGUCUGGUAAUCAUGAAUACAUGUAUUCAUGCUUAAAUAAAUCUUCUAUUAAUCAUUAAAUA